GAAUGAGGGAUGACACACACCCCGCGUCGUGUGCGUCGUAUGUUUUCCGCCUUUCCGGCCUUCCGGCUGGAUUCCGAAUUCCGUUUUUCCCAGCGCGCACUGCCGCAUGUGAGAACGCACGCGGAUCGACGAUGGUCCCAGCCUCGCCACGCGACGCGCCGUGGUGCGACGCUGCGUUCCAUGGUCGUCGGAGCACUGCGUCCCCGCGUUGCGAACACCCGUGUGUCAGGUUGAAACGCGCUUCGCAGGCGUGAUCCAGACAAUGGGCGCGCACACAUUCACUCACAGACACACUCCCUCCAUGGAUCGUGGAGGCUGUCUGGCUGUCUGGCUGUCUCGGGUUUGGGUAUGGACAGCGAGCCCGGCGGCUCAGUCAGCCCGAAACCUAAUUUCUGGCCCGGCGCAGCCGCACUGUACUCGAGCGCACACGCACCGCGGGGCCACAACGUACUUACUGGGGACGGCUCCACGCGCCGGAACCGACGCCCCAAGUCGCCCACGCACUGGGGAGCUACAGUUUCGUAUAUUCAGACCGGCCUGGGGGUUAUCUCUCUCUCGCUCUCCAUUGCAUUCUGGUUCGUCAACAUUUAGAUCCUCGGAUUUGCCGGCCCGCUGUUCCACGCCAGGAUCUCCCAUGUCAUCGGAUAGUGAUUCGCUCGAAAAGAAGGCGCACACAGAGAAUCACACAGCCGGCGCCGGCGCGGCAGCAUAUCAGACCCAGGAGGCCAUUUAAGCUUGAGGAUGGAGGAGAGGCCCUGAUCGGUGUUGGUCCGGGCACUUUUGAACAUUUUCUCAACGUCCGCCAUCGUCGUCUUGGUCUUCUUGUUCUUCUGCUUCCCCCAGUCGCCGCCGCAGCCUUUCCGACAAGAUGCCGAACACAGACGCCUCGACGCGGCCUUUUGCAGAUCCGCUCGCGUGGCAACUUGCACACACGCGGUCGUCGGCGCACGAGAUCGCGCCGGAGAGUGUGGCCCAUGUGUCCAGAUACGCGCGGGGCCUGCAGCCCCCUCCGCCGUCGCCGCGCCCGCCGUCGAGCUCGACUGGCUCGGAGUACAGUGUGGAUCUCGAUCUGUGGACGCUGCCCGAGCCGAACGACGGGGAGGAACGCCAUGUCCAGCCCUAUCCGUUUUUCCACCCCAGCAGCCUCAGCGCCAGAUCCUCCCCAUCAUCGACCGCAAAGCCGUGGCCGUGGAUCCAGCAGGAUGCAUCCCUUCACACCUACCCGGCGGGAGGCUUCGACUUUCCGCACGACGUAUACCCGGCAUCCCAGGAGCCUAUGGGUCGCGGGCUCGAAUUUGCGUAUCCGGGACAACACCCCCUCAGUGCAUCCACCGCAGCGGACCAGUACACCCCCGCCCCAUACGCGCCGCCGUGGGACAGCGACGCCCCAGCCGACUUCCCGCUCCCGACGAUAGCACCCCUCCGCCACUCGCUCCCGACGCUGCCCCACCCGCGGACGAUCCUUCCGCGCACGUCCUGGCCGAGCACCUUCGCCGACUCCCCUACCGCCGCCGCCGAGUACGAAGCGCGCCUGUCGCGCCGGGGGACGAAGCUGCAGGCGAUGGCGUGCCUCUUCUGCCGCCACCGCAAGAUCGGGUGCCGCCGCCCGCCCGAGGACGCGCCGGACCAGACCUGCCAGCAGUGCGCGAAGCGCGGACAGCGCUGCGAGUACCCGACCGUGUCGCUGCGCGGGCACCACACGCGGCUGCGCUCCGAGAAGAAUCUGCGGCGGAUGGAGCGCGAGGCACGUGAUAUGUGUGCGGAGUUGGGUUGGGAGGGGGCGGGUGCGGCGCGGGCGUGGUAGCGUGGUUGUUGGUGUGGUUGAUGUUUUUUUUUGCUGUAUCUAGUAGUAGGGAGGGUGGAGGGUGGAUGGCGGAGAUAUACACGCGUGUCCAGGCUGGGCUUG